AUGAGCGAGGAAAUUCAAGGAGAAGAGCCCACCGAGCAAACGGGGCUUUUGCCCAAGAAGCGCCACGAUGAAGAUCAAGCAGCCAGCCAGGAGGAAGGCGAGCUGCUUGACAUCCUUCCAGAAAACGACACGCCGCCUCGAAAGCUCAUUCUCCAUGAAUUCUGGGUUUUGUUCCGAGGCUCUGUGCCCGUCAUUCUGGCCUAUUCCCUACAGAACUCGCUGCAAACAAUAUCGAUCUUGAUCGUUGGCCGAGCCUCACCGCAAGAUCUCUCCACUGCUGCCUUCUCGUAUAUGUUCGCCAUGUGUACGGGUUGGCUCAUCGGUAUGGGAGGAUCGACCGCCUUGGACACUCUAGCGAGUUCCACUUUCACCGGAAGCAAGAACAAGCACGAUUUGGGCAUCUUACUGCAGCGUGCCUUCAUCGUCCUAACACUGUUCUAUGUCCCGGUCGCCAUCCUUUGGCUGUGCUCGGAGCCUAUCUUCAAAGCCCUGGGCCAAAGUCCCCAGUUAUCACACGACAGCUCGAAGUUCCUGAGCUGUUUGAUCCCCGGUGGAUUGGGUUAUAUCUACUUUGAGACCAUGAAGAAAUAUCUUCAGGCCCAAGAGAUUAUGCGACCAGGCACUUAUGUGCUCCUGAUCACGUCUCCGAUCAGCGCGUUACUGAACUACCUGUUUGUCUAUGUGGCCGGCUGGGGCAUCUUUGCCGCGCCGUUUGCGACCGGCAUCGGCUAUUGGCUUUCGUUCCUCGGUCUCGUGCUCUACGCCAAAUUCGUGGCUGGAGGUGAAUGUUGGGGCGGUUGGACCAAGAAAUGCCUCCAGAACGUGGGAGUCUUUGCCAAAUUGGCCUUCCUGGGGGUCAUUCAUGUCGGCACCGAGUGGUGGGCUUUCGAGAUUGUUGCGUUGGCGGCUGGUCGACUUGGAGAAAUUCCUCUCGCGUCUCAAAGCGUCAUCAUGACGGCAGACCAAGUCAUGAACACCAUCCCCUUCGGCAUUGGCGUCGCGGCCAGUGCGCGGGUUGGCAACAUGCUUGGUUCGCGCACCGCGAAAGGCGCAGCACGAUCGGCCAACGCCGCUGCCUGGCUGAGCAUGUUUAUGGGGGCUGUGGUGUUGGCCAUUCUGAUGGGCACGAAGAACGUCUUUGCCAAGAUCUUCAACGACGAUGAGCGGGUGGUCAAGCUCACCGCAGAAGUCUUGCCAUAUGUGGCGCUGUUCCAGAUUGCCGACGGACUGAAUGGCAGUUGUGGCGGAUCUCUACGUGGCAUGGGCAGACAGCACAUUGGAGCUGCCGUUAAUCUCGUCAGCUACUAUUGCGGCGCCCUGCCCCUUGGUAUCUGGCUCGCUUUCCAUGGCUGGGGCCUUCCGGGACUCUGGGUCGGCCAGUGCAUUGCCCUGUAUCUGGUUGGGAUUGCGGAAUGGGCCAUUGUGGCGUUCAGCAACUGGGAACACGAGGUUGACAAAGCCUUUGCUCGAAUGGACAAGGACGAGCUAGUGGAGGGGGGUCACGCAACGCCAUCUGUGCCAGCACCCGCGGGAAAUGGCCCUCAGUGA